AUGCCUCCCCGCAUGGACAUAUAUCGACGCGGACGUCAACUCAACCGCCUGAGGAAGACUGGACAUGUUCUGCUAAACAAACUUUUGCAUAACGAUGACUUGCACUACUUUAUAGUGUGCGAACAGAGAUUUCCUGAUCCUCAUGAGGAAUCCUAUCCAGCCGACUGGAUUGACAAGGACGAGAAGAAAUGGAAGACAAUGCUUAACUAUUGGCGUAAGAAAAUGCAAGAGAACUACAGCUUCCCUGUUGUCAAUGGAACAAGACGACUCAAAUCACAAGGUCGCCUCGGACGCUCUACCAGACUCAUGCAGCGCUCUGGCCACACAGACACUGAACACUCUGACCUUCCUAGUCCUCAGGAAGAAGAGAUGAACGAGUAUCUAAAUUCUGAGAGAGAAGCCAUGGGAGAUCAAGACUAUUACAAUGAAGGGGAGGAGGGAGAAAUUGACUAUCCCGAAGACGAAAUCUGA